AUGUGAUCAGUUGCACAUCAAACCCAGAAGACAAGGCUUUUGCCUCCUCGGAAAUGAUAGAUUCCUAACUAUAAGUAACAAAAAACUGGAUCUUCAUCCGAUUGAGGAUAUACUAUCUAGGCUGGCACCGCAGUUGUUGGCUUGCUUCUUGCAUGAUACCCGUAUCAGUGACGAUGCUGAGUGUGUUGCUCCUACGGAUGAUAUUGCAUAUGGCCCACAACCGCAGAUGCAAGCCCGACAAACAGUAUGAACCCCAGAUCGCGAACAUCGAUUACUGUCAUUUGUUAUGGACCUUGGGAACUUCAUCGGGGCCCUUCAAACGCCCGUGGAUAUUCAGCAACACAGCUUCGGCGUUAGCGGGAAUCGAGGCCGUUCCUGUAGUUGGGACAACGGCUCGGAUGUGAAGAUCAGGUAUAAUGGAUUUCAGCCUUUGGCUGUUAAGCGCCGGCAGGAAGCACAAGUGGUGAAAGAGCCAUCUACUUGGGGAGUGAGUUAAUAACAACGUCUCUACCUUAUGUCGAAGUGCCAUCGGCGGAAAAUACAGUGCUAGUGCAUAUGGUGUAGUGAAGAUAAGUAUGGA